CCCAUUUCUCCUACUCCCGUAGGUCUCCGUCACCGCCAUGGUCCUGUCCGCGCUACCAUGCGCAACUAGUAGCACUCACAGGCUCCUCACCCUGGCCUCCGUGCUUGCUUUCCUGGCUGCUGUUGCCCCCACCGUAUCGGCAGCAAGCCACGGCGACAUCCCAUGUCCCGCUGACCCAUUCGCGGAUCCUAGAAAUGACCCUUGUAAUGGCUUGCGCUAUAUCGCCUCGAACGCACUUACCGCCGUUGCUUUCACUUUGAUCGUCCUCUCAGGUCUCAUACAAGUGUACAGCAUGUUCAGAUGGGGCGCAAAAUGGAUGCUGUGCAUGGUCAUCGGCGAAUUCGCAUUUGCUCUUGGUAUCGGUUGUCGAUUCGGUCUCACGCUCCAACCCGACUCGAAAGCAAUAUAUAUCGUCGAAUAUCUCUUUGUCGUCCUCUCGCCCUGCGCCUUCAUCGCAGCAGACUACAUCCUCCUCGGCCGUCUAGCCCGCCACCUCCACUGCGAACACCACCUCUUCGUCCCCGCCAACCGCGUCAUGGCCAUCUUCCUCACCUCCGACGUAAUAACCUUCCUCAUCCAAGCCGCGGGAGGCGGCAUCUCCAUCGGCGCCAACGACACGAAAGGCGCAAAACUAGGCUCGAACGUCUUUCUCGCAGGACUCGCGAUCCAGCUCCUUUCGUUCUUACUGUUCACGUGCCUCUUUAUCGUUUUUGUGUGGAGGGUGAGGAAAUACGAGAGGGAGGUGUGGGGGAUGGAUGGGGGGAGGAAGUGGUGGAGGGAUUGGAGGGCGCUGGCUGUGGCUGUUGCGUUUAGUUGUGUCGGGAUCCUCAUCCGUUCAGUUUACCGUACAGUCGAACUCUCCCAAGGUUUCGAAGGCGCGAUCGCCACCAAUGAAGGUUUCUUCUACGGACUCGAUACCCUCCCGCUCUGGAUCGCAGUCGUCGUAUAUUGUCCGUUCUGGCCGGGGAGGUUCAUCCCCACGUUCUCGUCCGUGUCCGUGUCCGCGCCUGCGCCUAUGCUGGUGAACGACGAGGAACGCGAGGGGAGGGAGAGUAGUGGGACUGUACGGGUUGAGAACGAGAAUGAGGAGAAGGGGAAGGGAGAGGAGGGGUCGAGAGAAGGCGGGGUGGUUUGAUUUUGAUUUUGAUGUCUGAGCGUGAGUUUUGGGGGGUUCGUGUGCUCGUGUGCUCGUGAAUUACAGUAUUCGGGCUGGGUAACGGUUGUCUAGAUGGUUUUGCGUGAUACUUUACGAAUUGCAUGGAUAUUUGGGAUAUACUUAUACGACUAUCUUUUUGACUCUGCCCUCACUGUCGCAUAUGACAUGCUUUGUUGUAGGACCUAGCCUCUGUCAUUACCACGCAUUACAUGGCAUUUCUUG